AUGUACAGGACUCUCGUGCCUCCAACUCAAGUCCUCGCUCAGAUUCAAGAGCUCCUCGCGUGCUGCGUGGAGGAAUCCUGGACACAUCCCUCGGAUCACAUACCAGUUGGCGCGCGGCUCCUGAUACAGCUGGCCAAGGACGCAAAAGAGGUCGAGGUGAAUGUGGUGACGUGGAAUGUGCUGAACACGCACUACAUGCAGUACAUCUACGCGGACACGCAGGCCUCUCUAAGAACGGCCUUCGGGUUCCUUCGGAGCCUUUGGUUUGCUCCGCUGCUCAGUCAUUUGGGAUUUGCCUUAUUGGGGGACUAUGCGGCUACGGCUGACAUGUGA